UCUAUCACAAAAACCAUGAGCCUUCUCAAAGACCUCCUUACUGUUUUGUCCAUCCAAUGGAUGAUCACCCUCUACUUUUCUGCGUCAACCGUUAAUGCAGCGACCUUCACAAUCCUAAACAACUGCCCCUUCACUGUUUGGGCUGGCGCAGUGCCAGGCGGUGGCAGACAACUUAACUCUGGUCAAACAUGGAUUCUAAACGUAAAUGCCGGAACUCAAGGAGCUCGCAUUUGGCCCCGAACAGGUUGCAACUUUGAUGGAGCCGGACGUGGAAGAUGCCAGACCGGUGACUGUGGCGGUCUCCUCCAAUGCCAAGCCUUUGGCCAACCCCCAAACACCCUCGCCGAAUAUGCACUCAACCAAUUCAACAACUUGGAUUUCUUUGAUAUCUCUCUGAUUGAUGGGUUCAAUGUUGCAAUGGACUUUAGUCCCACCUCUAACGGCUGCACCAGGGGUAUCAGAUGCACGGCGGAUAUUAAUGGACAGUGUCCGGCGCAGUUGAAGGCUCCCGGUGGAUGUAACAAUCCGUGCACCGUGUUCAAAACCAAUGAGUAUUGUUGUAAUACUGGACCCUGUGGUCCUACAGACCUCUCUAGGUUUUUCAAAAGUCGCUGCCAGGACGCAUAUAGUUACCCUAAGGAUGAUCCAACAAGCACAUUUACUUGCCCUGGUGGUACAAACUAUAAGGUUGUGUUCUGCCCUUGAAGCAAGUAUGAGGUCGAUCAGGGAAGCAUAGUUAUAAGUUUGUGAUGCAAUAAGUGUUUGAGGGCUUAUAGCUCUGUAAUCAGCACAUCUAAUAAUGUGCAUUAGUAUGUUACAAUAAUCAACCAAGCAAAUUAUAUAUAUAUAUGUUUCCUUUCAUCGA